CUGAAUUCAUAUUUUACGUUGAUUCUUAAUAAUCACCGCAUGGUUCUGUGGCUCGGAGGUGUCUACUCUACCAGAGGUUAACUAUACGAUACGAAAAAUUCUUCUCAGUAUUUUAUCACUCAGAUAUAGGAUUGAAAGUAGAGAAUGGCGCCAUCCAACGAGACCGGAGACGAGGCGCAGAAGUCCAAGAAACAGCUGCUCCUAAAUGCCUUUGUGAUGAUGACGCCCGGGCAUCUAUCUCCAGGGCUAUGGAAGCACCCUCGGAAUCAUACAGACGACUACAAUAAGCUCAGCUUCUGGACGUCGCUUGCGCAGCUCCUAGACAAGGGCGACUUCCACGCCAUGUUUAUCGCGGACACUCUAGGCCCGUACGACGUCUAUAGGGGCCCAGCUAACGUAGAUCCGGUACUUGCCUCAGGCGCACAGUACCCAGUCAACGACCCGCUGUAUGCCGUGCCGGCCAUGGCGGCCGCGACGAAGAAUCUGAUUUUUGGUGUCACUGCCUCAACUACUUACGAUGCGCCAUAUGCCAUGGCUCGGCGAUUCUCGACAGUUGACCACCUGGCUGAAGGGCGGGUAGCAUGGAACAUUGUGACCUCGUAUCUCGAAAGUGCGGCCAGAAACUUUGGACUAGAGACGCAGAUCGAACACGAUGAGAGGUACCGAAUUGCAGAGGAGUAUAUGGACGUAGUCUACAAGCUUUGGGAAAGUAGUUGGAGAGACGAUGCCGUUAUUCGGGAUCGUGAAAAGGGUCAGUUUGCAGUAGCAGGGAGAGUGCGCCCGAUCAAUCAUAAGGGCAAAUACUUUCAAGUACCGGGCCCUCACAUUUCAGAGCCGUCUCCCCAGCGGACGCCACUUCUAUUCCAAGCCGGGACAUCCAAAGCCGGAACAGAAUUCGGAGCAAAACAUGCAGAGGCCGUGUUCAUGGGCGGCCAGCUUCCGGAGCUGGUGCGAAAAUCGGUUGACGCGCUUCGAUCCACAGCCAAGACAUUCGGCAGGGACCCGAACCACAUCAAAGUGUUCACGGGCGUUACCGUUAUUGUUGACGAGACGGACGAGAAGGCGCAGGCUAAAUAUGAAGAGCUUCUUUCGUAUGGGGACCGCGAAGGCGCGCUUGCGUUAUUCGGCGGAUGGACAGGAAAUGACCUGUCGUCGUUUUCUGACGACGAAGAUUUAGUCCUCGUCGACAAGCCGGCGAUUCGGUCUCUGAUUAAUCGAUGGUCUACUACUGUACCCGGUACCGAGGGGCUAAAAUGGACCAAAGCCCGAAUUGUAGAAUUCCUAUCAAUAGGAGGCAUGAUGUAAGUGAAGUUGACCCAGAAUGGACAUAGCCAGGAUGGAGAUAGGAGAUAAUUAGCUGACGGCUUGAAUUCUACUAUGUACAGGCCCAAGAUCAUAGGAAGUCCCAAAACUGUUGUGGACGAGCUGGAGAGAUGGGCUGAGGUAGCAGAUGUGGACGGAUUCAACCUGGCGCACGUAGUGAACCCUGGCUC